GACGACACCGCACAGCUGCAGACAACAUCCCCCUUGAGUGCUGUUGCUUUACAGUGGCAGAUCAUUCUGUUGAUAAAUGUCCUGUAUUCCCACAGCCCUUUGUAUGGCAGGCAGGAUAUGUUGUAAAUGCAGGUGUGUGGCAGUGGGAGUGAUGCUUGGAAACGUGGGAAACUCCUCUCACAUUCCCAGGACUGAUAAAUACUCACUCCUUGCUUUGCCGGAACUGACUCAGUGACCAUGAUCCUGCAACAGUGGUGGCUGAUUUUGGCUGUGGAAUGCAUCUUUAUUUGCAUCCCUGGCCAAUCUUUUCCUCAGAAGAGACACUGUGCAUUCAGUGUGACUCCUCAGAACUCAAAAUACGGAACUCUGGGUAUUGUGAAAGAGUCGGUUCAGGUCUGUGACAGCACCCUAUGCUGCGUUGGCUAUUUUCAGAUCAUCAAUGGCCAGCCACAGGCUGACGUGCUCGCUUGUGAUAUGGUUGAAAAGUCUUGCCCAGACAAGACCUGCAAGGCACAAACACGCUACAACGGUAGCUUCAUUAAAUGUGUUUGCAACACAGACCUCUGCAACAGCAACAUCAAUGGGACCUCGGAAUCGGAAGAACCUCUACCCACCUACUCUUAUUCUCUAGAUAAAAUGCAAGCGAAAGCGGAUAUAAUUAUUCUAACUGGAACUCUGCUAGUCCUGUGCUUCAUACUGAUGAUUGCAUCCAGAUGGAGAAAGAUAUUGAAAGAGACAAUGGUGAAUCCUCCUUCCCCUGAUGAUUACACUGUCUCACGACUGUGUUCCUGCCAAAUAAGAAAAACCUCUGAGAUUGACUUUGCUGACAUUGAACUACAGCAGAUUAUGGGCCGGGGUCAUUUUGCUACUGUCUGGAAAGGGAAAUACAAGGGAUCCAUGGUGGCUGUGAAGGUUUUCCCUGCAGGAUGGAAACAUACAUUUGCUGCAGAGAAGGAGGUCUAUGAGCUACCACUGAUGAAGCAUGCUGGGAUUGUCAACUUCCUGGGCUCUGGGAGGAAACCAGAUGAAGGCAGUUGGCUAAUUGUCAUGCAAUUAGCUGAAUAUGGCUCUCUCUCCUCCUAUCUGUGUAAACACACCACAAACUGGAUGUUGUCAGUGAAGCUGUGCCAGUCUUUAUCGCAGGGAAUUUCCUAUCUCCACUCUGACCUUCACAGACAUGAUUUGCAUAAACCUUCUGUGGCCCAUAGAGACUUCAGCAGCUCCAACGUGCUUGUAAGAGCAGAUGGUUCUUGUGUCUUGUGUGAUUUUGGAUGCUCAACCAUCCUGCGAUUUUGUUCAGGACAUCACCAGUGGCAGACCCAUUCGACAAACAUGGAGGGUCAUACUCUGUUGGGCACGCUGCGCUACAUGCCCCCUGAGAUCCUGGAAGGCUCUGUAAACCUCAGAAACAGCUGGUGUCUUCUGCAGGGGGACAUCUACGGUCUGGCCCUGCUGCUGUGGGAGAUCUGGAUGCGUUGCUCUGAUUUAUUUGAAGGUGGUAUUGCUCCACAGCAUCAGUUACCUUAUGAAUUAGAGCUGGGAGCCAAUGGAACCCUGGAGAGCCUCAUCCAGUAUGUGUUUCACAUGGACAAAAGACCCUCCAUACCUGAACACUGGGAAAGGCUACCACAGGGAUCUGUGCUGCAGGAGCUCCUGACUGAUUGUUGGGACUGUGACCCGGAUGCUCGACUGACCGCUCAGUGUGUAGUAGACAGAUUAAUGACUCUUCAGCCUUCUUACUCUUCAUGAUAAUUUUCCUUUUUUGGGGGGAAUAACUUGUAAUCUACAUAACAGGAAUUUUCACUGUUCUAUUUGUUUCACUAUUUUUCAGCUCUUCGGUAUAUAAUCAAUACUUAGAUCUGUAUAGAGUCCAUUGUUAAAGCAUGGCGUCUUCUUCUUCUUCUUCUUCUUCUUCUUCUUCUUCUUCUUCUUCUUCUUCUUCUUCUUCUUCUUCUUCUUCUUGACUGGGACAUCCAUUGCUCUCUUUCUAUUAUAUAUUUACAACUUUAUUAAUGAAUUGUU